AUGGCUAUGCAUCGAGUGGCUCCGGAUAUCCCCCUAUGGGUGGGAUCGAUCUACUCCCUUUCUGCUCACAUUUCCUUCGAGAAGUACAACAUCAACCAUAUCAUCUCCAUGGUCAGAGGCGAGCUGCCUGGAAACCAGAUCCAGGGAUACACUCACUUGCACGUGGAGAUGGAUGACGACGAAGAGGAGAACAUCAUGCAAUACUUCCCCGAGACCAACAAGUUUAUCGAGGACGCCUGUGGCGAAUGGAUGACUAAAGUGGCCGAAUCGGGCAAGUACAAGAACUACCCUGAGAAUGUCGAAUCCGUGCAUCUCGAGUACCCGCAUAACCCCGAUCCUCCGGGAGUGCUGGUUCAUUGCAUGGCCGGUAUCUCGCGAUCUUCUACUAUCGUCAUCGCUUACUUGAUGAAGAAGCUGGGUCUCACUGCUGAGCAGGGACUGGCUCUUGUUAAGAAAGGACGAAAGAUCGCCAACCCUAACCCUUCCUUCGUGGAGCAGCUCAAGAUCUACGAGCAAUGUGGAUACGAGAUUGACGACUCCAAGCCCCUAUACCGUCAAUGGAUCCUCAAAAAGGACUCUGAGGGUAUUCCUAACAUUGGAUCUACACCCAAGUUCAAGUACAGAUCGGAGACUGAGGGGCUGACCUCCAGAGGCCAGGGCUUCUCGGCUGAUUUCAGACGUCAGAUCAGACCCAAGAUGAACCAGUCUGGUGCUGUCGAGGAUGCCACCGAGGCAACUCCUGAACAGACUGCUCCUUCAAUGAAGACCUCUCUCCUGAGAUGUCGAAUGUGUCGGUGA